GCAGUCCUUAUCCAAUCAUUCAAAACCAACUGAACUGAGAUCCUUUCAGUGUCUGUCCACCAUCAGUUUACGUAAAGGUACUCAUUAAUCUGUGAAAUUGUCCGCAACUGUUGAGAGAACAGCAAAAUGGCCCCAAUAUCCAUCAAAAGCAUUUUAAUCAGUGAAAGUGUUGAUCCUUGUUGUAAGAAGAUCCUGCAAGAAAAUGGAAUCCAAGUUACGGAGAAGCAAAACAUGAGUAAGGAUGACUUGAUUGCGGAGAUCAAGGACUAUGAUGGCCUUGUAGUUAGAUCUGCAACAAAGGUGACAACUGAUGUCAUCAAUGCUGCUAGUAACCUCAAAAUCGUUGGAAGAGCUGGGACAGGUGUUGACAACGUGGAUGUAGAUGCUGCCACCAAAAAGGGCAUCAUUGUCAUGAACACACCAAGUGGCAACACUAUCAGUGCUGCAGAGCUGACAUGUACCCUUUUGAUGAGCCUCUCAAGACAUGUGCCACAAGCAGCCAUGUCCAUGAAAGCAGGGAACUGGGAUCGUAAAAAGUUCAUGGGUGCAGAGAUGUACGGCAAAAUACUUGGAAUAGUUGGACUUGGAAGAAUUGGAAAGGAAGUUGCCACCAGAAUGCAGUCCUUUGGCAUGAAGACCAUCGGCUAUGAUCCAAUCACUCCUCCUGAGGUGACUGCUACCUGGGGGGUGGAGCAGAUGUCCCUGGAACAGCUGUGGCCCCAGUGUGAUUACAUCACCGUCCACACGCCCCUCAUGCCUUCUACGGCUGGACUACUGAAUGACACCUCAUUUGCUAAGUGCAAGAAAGGUGUAAAGGUUGUGAACUGCGCACGCGGGGGCAUCAUCGACGAGGAUGCUCUCCUCAGAGCUUUGGAGUCUGGACAGUGUGGAGGGGCUGGCCUCGACGUUUUUGUUGAGGAACCCCCAAAGAACCGUGCUCUGGUGAACCAUCCCAAUGUGAUUAGCUGUCCUCAUCUGGGUGCCAGUACAAAGGAGGCCCAGGCACGCUGUGGACAGGACAUCGCUCUGCAGAUCGUGGACAUGGUGAUGGGCAAGGGCCUGGUUGGAGCAGUGAAUGCCCAGGUUUUGGCAAGCACAUUCUCCCCCGAGUCUCACCGGUGGAUCAAACUUGGAGAGGCCAUAGGAGUAGUGCUGAAAUCAUGCACCACCUCUAAACAGCCCUUCAGCCAAGUGCAAAUCACAACUCAAGGAGACUGCUUGAAAGGAUCCUCUGGUUACAUGACUUCAGCAGUAAUGGUUGGAUUACUUACUGAUGGGUCCAAGAGUUGCCCCAAUCUGGUCAAUUCACUGACCCUGGCCAAGGAAUCUGGAAUCACGGUAACCAGAAACCACAGUAAGGGUCUGACUCAAGGUGCAUGUGAGGUGGAGAUCUCUUUCAAUGGCUCCAGCUACAGAGCUACUGGUUGUGUCCAGGGAGGAGUACCAGUCUUGUUGGAGCUGAACCGCAGCGUGUUCCGACAGCCUGUCUCUCUCACUGGCAAUCUGCUGUUCUUCAAGGCCUCUGCUUCUCCUCAGCUCCUGCCCGCUGUGACCGGUUUGCUGGCCACGGUAGGAGUGGAAAUGGAGUCAUUCAGUGCCCCUGCAGAUCGUAGUGGAGAUCAGUGGUAUUGUGUGGGGUUAUCCUCUCUCUUGGGUGACCUUGGUGCUUUAAAACCUUUAGUGAAAGAAGCAGGCCAGCUCUCUGUGUAAAUAACAGUGAGAUAGCAUUGUUACAAUGCUGAGAGUCCAGUAGAGCAUUCCAAUGUCAAAAAAUCUAACCACUGAUUAUUUAAGUCAUCUAAAUGGUUUAUCUUGGCUUUUUAGCAUUGCAAUACUUGGUUUACAAUACGAACACAUAGAAGUUACUAAAAAUGCACUUCUGUCAUUUCAAUUGUAGAGAUGCUGGCUAUACUUAGCAUUUAAUAAACAUAUGUUACAUUA